GUGGCCUGGGUCAUCAGCAACUGGAACGAGGAGCACGCCCGGGUGCGCUACUACCGCCAGCUGAAGGAGCACCUCGCCAUCGAUGUGUACGGGGCGCGGGGGCUGGCGCUGGCCGAGGGGGGGGUGGUAGUGGAGACCAUCUCAGCCUACAAGUUCUACCUGGCCUUCGAGAACUCCCAGCACACCGACUACAUCACGGAGAAGCUCUGGAGAAACGCCUUUGCCGCCAGCGCCGUGCCUGUUGUCCUCGGACCCCACAGGGCCAACUACGAGCGCUUCAUCCCCCCUGACUCCUUCAUCCAUGUCGACGACUUCCCCAGCCCCCGGCUGCUGGCCACCUACCUGAAAUUCCUUGAUAAAAACAAACCCAACUACAGGAGGUAUUUUGCCUGGAGGAAGAAGUACGAGGUCCACGUCACUUCGUUCUGGGACGAGCAUUUCUGCAAGGUUUGUGAGGCCGUGAGGACAGCUGGGAAUCAAAUCAAGACUGUACGAAAUCUGGCCAGCUGGUUUGAAAGCUGA